UGGAAAUUAAAAGUUAAAUAUGGCUGAGUCUCUCUCUCUCAUAGACUCACACAUGUUGCAUCCUAUAGUAUUUAAAUAAUCGAUCUUAACAUGAACCAGAAGAGACCCUUUUCUUCUUCUACCUAGAAAUUGAACCCUUUGGAUAUACCCUUUUUGUUAAAAGGGUGGGAGAAACCUGAGAGAAAAUUAAAGCACAAACGUGAGGCUCUUGUUGAAACACACAAGUGCAUACCUAUUCUAAUAUCUUAAAUUUCUCAACUUGUUUAUUUGUUUGUCCUAGAAUAUUUGCUCUCUCUCUCUCUAUUGUUUUGUAACUUUACCUUUUUGUCCUCCGAGGGACUUGGAAGUAGUAGGAACCAAUUGACAAACCAACCCCUUUGGGUAAAAGCUCCAUCUAGGUCUCCAAUGGCAACAUGGGUUUUAUCAGAAUGUGGCUUAAAGCCUCUUUCUCCUGUGUUUCCUCGACCUAGAACAGGAGCCAUUUCGGGCCACAAGCCUUCAAAGUUUAGAUUUUUGAACACAAACAAGGGGUUGGCAGAUCUGAAGAUCCAAACAAGAGGUUUUGCAUGUUGUAGCUUUAGGGAGAGAAACUGGGAAUUGAAAGUGAGUGUUCCUUUGAGGGUUGGCACCACUGAAGGAGAGGAAAAAGGUGGAGAGAGAAUCAAUGGGGUUGAACAAGAAGUGCCACAAUUUGACCCUGCUACACCACCACCAUUCAAAUUGGCUGAUAUUAGAGAAGCCAUUCCUAAGCACUGUUGGGUUAAGGACCCAUGGAAGUCCAUGAGUUAUGUAGUGAGGGAUGUCAUUGUGGUUUUGGGGUUGGCUGCUACUGCAGCUUAUCUUAACAACUGGUUGGUUUGGCCUCUUUAUUGGGCUGCUCAGGGAACCAUGUUUUGGGCUCUCUUUGUUCUUGGUCAUGAUUGUGGUCAUGGAAGCUUUUCAAACAAUCCUAAGCUGAACAGUGUUGUUGGCCAUUUGCUUCAUUCUUCAAUUCUAGUACCAUAUCAUGGGUGGAGAAUCAGUCAUAGAACACAUCAUCAAAACCAUGGCCAUGUUGAAAAUGAUGAAUCUUGGCACCCGUUGCCUGAGAAAAUCUUCAAGAGCUUGGACAAAUUAACACUUAUUUUAAGAUUUUCAGCACCUUUUCCAUUGCUUGCUUAUCCUAUCUACCUUUGGAACAGGAGUCCUGGGAAGACCGGUUCUCACUUUAACCCAAACAGUGACUUGUUCGUUCCCAAUGAAAGAAAAGAUGUUAUUACUUCAACAAUUUGUUGGACAGCUAUGGCUGCUUUGCUUGUAGUUUUAGGAUUUGUAAUGGGUCCAGUUCAAUUGCUUAAGCUUUAUGGCAUUCCCUACUGGAUGUUUGUUAUGUGGUUGGAUUUGGUGACUUACUUGCAUCACCAUGGCCAUGAAGACAAAUUACCAUGGUAUCGUGGACAGGAAUGGACCUACCUUAGGGGUGGCCUUACAACUAUUGAUCGUGACUAUGGAUGGAUUAAUAACGUCCACCAUGAUAUUGGAACCCAUGUCAUUCAUCACCUUUUUCCUCAAAUCCCACACUAUCAUUUAAUAGAAGCAACUGAGGCAGUUAAGCCAGUUCUUGGCAAAUAUUACCGGGAGCCAAAGAAGUCAAGCCCUCUUCCAUUUCACCUCAUUACAGAUUUGAUAAAAAGUUUGAAGAAAGACCAUUUUGUUAGUGACACUGGGGAUGUUGUGUACUAUCAAACAGACUCUAAGCUUAGUGGCUCUUCUACAACAUCAAACUAAAGCUUUGAUUUUUUUUCCUCUUGAAGACAUGCGACACAAUUCCUUAGCUCUGAAGAUUGUGUCUGUGCAUGUACUCUCAUUGAGUCCAAAACCUGUCAAGAGUUUAAUUCCUCAUUAGUAAAGGGUAUUAGAGUUCUAUGAUGACAAAUUCAAUUUGUAACUAAGUGCUAUUGAAAGCAUGAGCAGGGUAAAUGUGGUAAAUGUAGUGUGUUUUUCAUUGAAGAGCAAAGAGUAUGUAAAUUGUUUAUUCUUGAUGAAGGAAGAAAUACUUUCAUCAAAUGAAUUAUGUUUUUGCUCAAACUCAAUCUCGAAAAUUGAAUGAUAAUUGCAAAGAAU